UGUGCGCCGGAAGAACACCCUGUGCCCGGGCCUGUUGGGAGGAAACGCUUGGGUCCGGGAAGGCGGGGGUGGCCGCGCCGGAGGUAGCCAUGGCUACCGAGCCCGAAGCUUCAGAGCCUGUGGUGCCGUCGCUAGUGGAUCGUUACUUCACUCGCUGGUACAAAGCCGAUGUCAAAGGAAAACCCUGUGAGGACCAUUGUAUACUACAACAUUCUAACCGAAUAUGUGUCAUCACAUUGGCAGGUUCUCAUCCAGUUCUUCAAAGUGGAAAAACAAUUAAAAGCAUUUCCUAUCAAAUCAGUAACAACUGUAGCAGACUUCAGAACAAGGUCUCUGGAAAAUUUAAGCGGGGGGCACAGUUUCUAACAGAACUUGCACCUCUGUGUAAGAUUUACUGCUCAGAUGGAGAAGAAUAUACCAUAUCUAGCUGUGUUAGAGGACGGUUGAUGGAAGUGAAUGAAAACAUUCUCCAUAAGCCAUCUAUUCUUCAAGAAAAGCCAUCUACUGAAGGCUACAUUGCAGUUGUGUUGCCCAAAUUUGAAGAAAGUAAAAGCAUAACAGAAGGGUUAUUGACACAAAAACAAUAUGAAGAAGUCCUGGUGAAACGCAUUAAUGCCAUAACAGCUACGACAUGAGGACUGAGCUAGAGCAAAAAGCAACAAGGGAUUCUUAUAGUUACCUGGCCUAAAACCAUCAGUGCACUAAAGGAGAGGAACCCGCAUAUGUGAAGCACACUUCACACCCACCCAUCUGCAGGGAAGGCCUGAUGCUUCCCUUAACCGGGUUUUCCUAGUUUGUCUCACAUAAGAGCGUUCGUUCCCAUUUGUUUUUAGCCUCCCAAAUCUGGCCUGCCCAUGUUUUUAUUUUGUUAUUCUCUUGCAUACUAAACUAGCAAGCAAGGAAUGUUUUUCUGAUUAAAAAUGAGCAAGCAAGCUCUUUGCGAAAAAUUUGGAAAAUACAGAAAAGUUUUAAAACACCAAAUACAAAUAAUUUACCCAACAUCCUAUAACUCAAAAGUAAAUACAGUUGACCUUUGAACAACAUGAGUUUGAACUAUCAGGGUUGAUUUGUACACGGACUUUUUUCAGCCAAAUACUGAUAAAAAAUAAUUGUAUUUGCUAAAUGUGAAACCCUUGUAUAGGACAGGCCAGCUUUUCAUGUGCUCAAGUUCCACAGGGCUGACUGUGGGACUUUAGUAUGCACAGAUUUGGACAUAUGCAGAAGAUCUUGGAACCAAUCCCCUGCGUAAACCAUUGGAUAAAUAUACUACAUUUUUACACACUUCUGUUUGAACAUUAUGGUAUAGUUAUUGUUCUGGCCUCAAUUUCCUAUCAGUUUGACAUUAAGAAAAACCUAACUGACCUUUAUUACCCAAUCUUCAGUGUGAUACUACCAAAAAAUCUAGUCUCACCCAUUCUGCCUCAACUCCUCUUCCUUUAGAUUGUAAGGGGGAGGCAGGAGUGUAGAGUACCUUCUCUCCUUAAUGUCAAGAGGUUGGUGUUCCCUCUGAAACAGAGUAGACCUGUAACACCGUGACUUCUUAAAUGAGGGAGCACACAUGAAGACUGAAAAAUACAAAGGUUUUCCUAGCAAACGAAUGUGUCAUAAUGCAGUGGUAAGCUGAUUCUUGAAGUAUGCAUGUUGUAGUCAUUCAGUUUGACUUGCUCUAGUUUACAGGUUAACCAGCAAAGAAGUAACUGAGACUGUGCCAUUCAAAGGUACAAAUACCUUUGAAAGGAACAAAGUUUUGCAUCACUAAAACUAAUAUAUACAUAUAUGUAGUUUAAGAUUGAUGUACAUUAUUUUUCCUUAAGGGCUGAAACACAUACAUAUAUUUAAAUAUCCCUGCUUCAAAAUGAAAUACAUUUUUAUACAGAAUAAAUCACUUGAUGCAUAAAUUCUCUUGGUUCACUGUCCUUGUAUGCUGUUGAAGUCCUAAGUUAUCCCUUGCCCACCCCCACUUGCACUCUCAUAAGAGAAUAUUCCUUUUUUCAGGUAUGUAAAAGUAUUUUGUAAAUGAAUCUUAAAAAUCAUUUUUGGUUCACACGAAAAACUUCUUGUAACCUGAGUGCCAGCCAGCAUGACUAUCCCCUAAAUAUUACCCACCAGGCAUUAUAUACCUCCAGUGAUGGUGCUAUAAGCUGAAAUUUAAGCACAGACCAGCAGAUUCUCACUUUGAGUAGCACAGUGAUUCCUAAAGACUUCAUAAAACAAAGACACUAAAGAUAAUACAAGAAUUGUAUAUAUUUCACAUAAACAUUACUUCAUGUCAUUCUCCCAUCAUUUCUAUUACGGUUUAAAAGAAUGUUUAGGUUUCAGAGAAAUCAUGAUUGAUUAUUCUGAUUACGCAAGUAUUUUGUAAAGGCCAUUAAUCAAGCUGAGUGCAUCCCUUUUUCCCCCCAAUGACUACAGUAAAAGUUUCCUCAAAAUAUUGUCUAGCUAAUUGAUAAUACUGUGGUUCUUCAGGAUCUUCUGUGAAUAUUGAUUAUGACUGAUCCAACUAACAUGUCCUAUUAGAUUUCAAAAUGAACGUCAAAGCAUUAGGAUACAAACACUGUGAAAGGGGUCCAAAACAAAGUUAACCAUACUAUACCAGAAGGAGAAACCUAUAAACCAGAUUU